AUGUGGCCCAAAAAGAAUACGUGUCAUCUUGUGCAGCUUUGGCUUGAUCGUUCGAAAUCGCAACCGCUAUCCCUCUUCCUUGGCGAACACCCUUUUGGCGAAGGAGGUAGUACCCCGGUACGGGAAAUCCUUGCAUUAUUCAUCAGUCAUGCGCAUCGAUGGCAAGCCAUUACUCUUGGUUUGAACGAUGCUGUUCAGGAUAUGUUUCGUGAUGUUCCCCUCGGUGUUAUGUCAUCCCUUGACCAUUUCGGUGUUUCAGUGCGAAAUUGGAGCACUGGUUCACUUGAACAGCUCUCGGUUUGCUUACACACCUCUUCUCUCAGAACAAUCGCCUGGGAAAACUUUCCCCAAGAUUAUCUCCCCACUUCUAUUUGUUGGAGCCAACUCACGGAAAUAACUUUGGGCUGCGUUCGAAAUUCAGAAGACCUUUUCGAGGUUCUGACGAAAUGUCGGGUCCUCAGGGUUCUCAAUAUUCCGAAUCUUGAUUUUACUUCACCUCGCUCGGGUGACGGACACAUCAUACUACCUGAUCUUUAUGACCUUCGUCUAGGUUUCGUUGCUGAUGUGGCACAAAUUCUUGACGGCUUACUCCUGCCACGAUUGACGGAGCUCCGUCUUUAUAAUGGUUUCCGUGGAUUGAUUUCUGAUGGCUGGAACGCCUCUGUUAAUCUUCUCCAGCGAUCGGGAUGCCAGUUAAAAACGUUUACAUACAGCCAGUUGGGCUCGGACGAAAUGGAGCUCAUCCAAGCCCUCGCCUUGCCCGUUUUCUCAUAUGUCUCCAACAUCACUAUACGCAGUCCCAUCAGCGAUGUGACGUUGAAUGCGCUCAACAAUCGAAAUCUGCCAUUGCUGCCCCGCUUGGAAGAAGCAUUCUUUUACGAUUGCCACACUUCAGAUGGCGCCAUGUCCUCAUUUGUUUUGUCUCGGUUGCAUACUUCACAAACCAUAACUUCAAUCCUCAAACGUUUGGAAGCGAAUCUCUGUGGUCCUUCAUUGUACUCGCAUGAUCUGCGACUGAAGGAGAGAUUACUGGAUCAAAAGAUUAUCAUCAUGAUUGACGCUUCCCCCCGACUCAAAUCACAUCCUAGUUAAGCUCCCCUUCUUUAAUGUCAACAUACACUUGAUGCAUUUGCGACCGAAUUGAUUGCUCCACCCCUUUCUGAAGUCGACAUCGUAGAUAGAGCGAGCCUAGCCUCGACCAUUUUAUCCCCAGUUCGGUUAUAGGGGUUUUGGAUUCGGAGACGACAGAGAGGAUGUGGAGAUUCGCAAAAUUGACUCGUACAAAAAGUUGAUUCACGUCAACACUUGAUGAUAUAGUCAAGGAGUCCAAAUGAUGCGUAAAAGGAGAGAGACGUUUCCGUGGGGGGAUGGAGUACAAGACUGGGUUGAGGCGCGAUAUUGAGUGGACGGUGAACACCCUGAGUGGCAAACAAGCCAUAAGGAUAGCAUGAAAAUCGCCAGUUGAUAUGCGGCAGUUCGAAAGAUGGAGCGUCCCAAGGCCGCGAAAGUAGGGCAGAUAAGGAAGCCUCAAUUGCUUCGGAAGGUGCUUCAGCUCACCCGCCCAAAAAAAUCGAGCUAUAUGCCUCUCCUUUCUGUCAAAAAACUCUACUAGCGGGAGCGAACAGUUAAAAGGCACGUCAACGUGAAUCUCGACAGUCUCGGGAUUGUGCUCCAUCGCUAGGGUCCAAACCCUCCCCAUUGUCUCGUAGGAUUCGGUCGUUGGUUGACCACCCUGCAGCUCUAUCUUGAUCUUCGAAUCUAUACCACGCUCCGCUGAAGCCCUGACGAGUUCCUUCUCCCAGUCUUUGGAAUUCUCCUCGCCACCGAUAAUGACUUGCAAGGCUUCCGACUCUACAGAUGGGCAGAUAACUUGGACCUUUGGUUCACGUCGCAGUGAGUGGGAUGAAACAUAUCGAACCAACAAGAGGAGGAUGAUGAUUACGGGGACGAUGAUCGUGCCCAAGAGCCUGAGGGCGGAUAAGGUGGAAUCGGGUGCUU